UCUCUCUCCCUCUCUCUCUCUCCUCUAUUCUCUGCGUCUGCCAUCUCUCUUCGAUCUGCUCCAAGACGUCCUGUGUAUUAUUAGCUCAUUAUCUGGUUUGCUUUCUCUCGAUCAAAAACUGUAAUCUCCACCACAAAAAAAGAUUGAAACUUUCACUUAAUUGUGUAGAUUUUGAGAAGUAAAGGAGUUUUUGUUACCGUGGAGUUGACCCAACUCCAGGAGGUUCAGCUAGGUGGGAUCCCAAAUGGAAACAAACUUGAUUGGUGGUGCCUCCAAUUAUUGUUACUUGCAGAAAUUCAGACUCUAUGAGACUCGCUCGAAUUUUUAUAUGAUCGGAAGAGACAAGAACAGAACCCUUUUCAGGGUGUUAAAGAUUGGUCGGUUAGAGCCAUCUGAACUCGUUGUUCUUGAAGAUUCUACAACAUAUUCAGAAAGUGAAUGCUUUGACCUGCGAAGGCGAAUACAUGAAGGCAAUAAGUCGACGGGUGGACUUAAAUUUGUCACUAUUUGUUACGGAAUUGUUGGGUUUAUUAAACUUUUGGGACCCCAUUACAUGCUGCUGAUAACAAAAAGAAGGAAGAUUGGUGCAAUUUGUGGCCAUGCAGUUUAUUCUAUAACCAAGAGCGAGAUGAUUCCUAUUCCAAAUUCUACUGUGCAGUCCAAUAUGACUAAUUCUAAGAACGAGAACAGAUAUAAGAAGCUCCUGUGCACGGUGGAUCUUACAAGGGACUUCUUUUUCAGCUACUCCUACCAUGUUAUGCACAGUCUUCAGAAGAAUUUAUCUUGUAAUGAGACGGGACAAGGUCACUAUGAAUCAAUGUUUGUUUGGAAUGAAUUCUUAACUCGAGGAAUUCGAAAUAACCUCAAGAAUUCUCUAUGGACAGUGGCAUUAGUGUAUGGCUUCUUUAAACAGGUCAAACUUUCAGUAUCUGGCAGGGAGUUUAAGCUGGCUCUCAUUGCUAGACGAUCACGGCAUUAUGCUGGCACAAGAUAUUUAAAACGAGGCGUGAAUGAGAAGGGUAGAGUUGCUAAUGAUGUUGAGACAGAACAGAUAAUGUUUGAAGAUGUUCCUGAAGAACAGCCAAUGCAAAUAAGUUCUGUUGUUCAGAAUCGGGGUUCAAUCCCGCUUUUCUGGUCUCAAGAAACUUCACGAUUGAAUAUCAAACCUGACAUUAUGUUAUCAAGGAAGGACCAAAAUUUUGAGGCAACAAAACUUCAUUUUGAAAAUCUUGUGAAGAGAUAUGGAAAUCCGAUAAUUAUUUUGAAUUUAAUAAAGUCGCAUGAAAAGAAGCCUCGGGAAACCAUACUUCGUGCUGAGUUUGCAAAUGCCAUCAGGUUUAUAAAUAAAAGUUUACCCAAGGAGAAUCGCCUAAAGUUUCUGCACUGGGAUUUGCAUAAACACUCUAGAAAGGCUACAAAUGUCUUGGCACUUCUAGGAAGAGUUGCAAGCUAUGCAUUGAAUCUAACUGGGAUCUUUUAUUGUCAAGUCAUGCCAAGUUCAAGUUCCAAGGGAUUGUUAAAUGGGUCCUGCGUUGAGGAACGUGAUGGUGACUAUUCUCUUGAAAAUCCUUCUAGUGAAAAUGGCAAUGUCAGCAAGUUGGAUUCAGAAAUUGCCAAAGCUGAAUGUGAUGCAAAUCAAAAUCAGAGUAUCAACGUUCCAAUGUUCCAAAGUGGUGUUUUAAGGACCAAUUGCAUAGACUGUUUAGAUCGCACAAAUGUAGCACAAUAUGCCUAUGGAUUGGUGGCUCUAGGGCAUCAGCUGCAUGCACUAGGAUAUAUGGAAUCCCCAAGUAUUGAUCUAGAUAAUCCUUUAGCUGAAGAUUUAAUGAGGAUUUAUGAGACAAUGGGUGACACACUUGCACUGCAGUAUGGUGGGUCCGCUGCUCACAACAAGAUAUUUUCUGAGAGAAGAGGCCAGUGGAAAGCAGCAACUCAGUCCCAGGAAUUCUUUAGAACUCUACAACGUUAUUACAGCAAUGCCUACAUGGAUGCUGAGAAACAAGAUGCUAUUAAUGUGUUCUUGGGUCAUUUCCAGCCACAGCAGGGAAAGCCAGCACUGUGGGAAUUGGAUUCGGAUCAGCAUUGUGAUGUUGGAAGGCGUGGUCCUGAUUUAGUUGAGAAUGCGAGGUCAUUCAUUAAAAGGUCACUGUCAGAUGGCAAUCUUCGGUGUGAAAAUGAGUCACCAGUAGCUGCCAAUAUUGGAUACAGUAAGCCUCUGUCUGAAAAGGAGGGAGGAGUUAAUAAUGGUCUUUCAGACUCAAAUCCGGAGAUAUCAACUUGUGAAAGUGACAUAUCAUAUUCCAGGUACACUCCCUCAAUGCCUUGCAGGAAGCUUUUCAAAGAUGUGGAUGAAUGCCAAUGUUUUGAAAGUAAUCAUAUUUGUUAUGACGAACAUGGGGAUGCUUGCAGCUGCUCAAAUUUCCUUGAUAUGGACUGGCUUUCUACAUCUGGGAAUUCAUGCGAAGAAGAUCUGUGUGAUAGGUCUAGUGCUGGCGGCCUGUCAUCUGAGAAUCUUGGGAACGAUGUGAAAAUAGAAACAACCAUAUCUGCUAGUGAGUCUGGACCUAGCUUGAAGGGAAGAAGUCAAACCGGAUCUUCUGAUGACCUUGCUGGUGGAUUCCCGGACCGCUUUGUCCGGUGGGUAAUGAGUGAGGAGAUGCUGUUCCAUUGAAGUUCACCUCCAAUUUUUCAAUACAUAAUUCAUUAGAGCCAUAAAUCUGUUUGAUCCCAUCCGAAGGAUGCGGAUUUCCUGUCUGAAAAUAAAUAGCCAGAGAUCAACCUAAAGAUACGAUACCGCCAUUUUGUUUGAUUGUAAGCCUUCAGGAACGUGAAUGAGGAAACACAAGGGUAAAUAGCAUAGCUAAAUUCAUUUGGAGCUCUCGAGGCCUCCAUUUCCCUUAGGAUAUUAAAGAUUAUUUUUGAAACCCUGUAUAUAUUUUACAUACAUCUUCCCAAAAGAAAGAACAGUUGCAACUGUUGGAUUCAGAUGUUACUCUCCAGUCACA